AUGGGGGCCGGGGCCGCGGGGCACGGCCUCCUGGCGCUGCUGCUGGUGGCGGCCGCCCCGCUCCGGCUGCGCGCGGACCGGCCGGGUGAUGGCUGUGGGCACAUAGUGUCCUAUCUGAACAGUGGCACCAUGACAUCUAAGAAUUAUCCACGGACUUACCCCAACCACACGACGUGUGAGAAGACAAUCACAGUGCCGAAGGGGAAGAAGUUGAUUCUGAGGUUAGGAGAUUUGGAUAUUGAGUCCCAGACAUGUGCUUCUGACUACCUCCUCUUCACCAACAAUUCCCAUGAGUAUGGACCAUAUUGUGGAAGUAUGAAUGUUCCCAAAGAACUCGUGCUGGACACAAAUGAAAUAACUGUUCGCUUUGCAAGUGGAUCCCACACUUCUGGGCGGGGCUUUUUGCUCACCUAUGCCAGCAGUGACCAUCCAGAUUUGAUAACGUGUUUGGACCGAGCUAACCAUUUUUCAGAGACAGAAUACAGCAAAUUCUGCCCAGCUGGUUGUAGAGACAUAGCAGGAGACAUUUUUGGGAACAUGGUGGAUGGCUAUAGAGAUAACUCUCUACUGUGCAAGGCGGCCGUCCAUGCGGGGAUCAUUGCAGAUGAACUGGGCGGUCAGAUCAGCGUGUUCCAGCACAAAGGGUUAAGUCGAUACCAAGGAAUCCUGUCCAAUGGUGUGCUCUCAAGGGAUGGUUCCCUGUCAGACAAGCGAUUUCUGUUUGCCUCCAACGGUUGCAGCACAUCCUUACGUUUGGAAGCAGAUGGGCAAGUCAGAGAUUCUUGGCAGUGGGACGAUGAGUUUAGAGAACAAGUUCAUUGGUCUUCUGGCCACGCCCGACAUCAGGACCACAGCCUGUCAUGGUCUUUGGCAAACAGCAGCAAGAACCACAAACAAGAGUGGCUGGAAAUAGAUUUGGGAGAGGAGAAGAAAAUAACAGGGAUUCGGACCACAGAAUCCACAUAUCCAAAUUUCAACUUCUAUGUUAAGAGUUUUAUGAUGAACUUCAAAACCAACAACUCCAGGUGGAGGACCUACAAAGGAAUUGUGAAUAAUGAAAAGAAGGUGUUUCGGGGCAACUUGAAUUUUCGGGACCCAGUGAUGAACAAUUUCAUCCCUCCCAUCGUGGCCAGAUACCUGCGGGUCAUCCCCCAGACGUGGUACCAGAAGAUCGCCUUGAAGGUGGAGCUCCUUGGUUGCCCGGUUACACAAGGCAACGAUUCAUUGGUGUGGCGCAAAACCAGUUCAGAUGCCACAGAAAGAGAAGAUGAGACAAUCACAAAACUCAUCCCCUCUGGAGAAAUGUCCACAGGAGCAAACAUCGCAAUAGUGGCUGGUCCGCUGCUGCUCCUUGCCCUGCUGAUUGUUGGAAUCUUAGCAGUCCUUAAAAAGAGGAAGAAGAAAGGAACUCCAUAUGCAUCUGUGAAAGCCUCAAAAACAGACUGUUGGAAGCAGAUUAAAUAUCCCUUCGCCAGGCACCAGUCGGCUGAGUUUACCAUCAGCUAUGAUAAUGAAAAGGAGGCGACACAGAAGUUAGAUCUCAUCACCAGGGAUAUGGCGGAUUACCAGCUGCCCCUCAUGAUCGGCACCGGCACCGUCACCAGGAAGGGCUCCACCUUCCGGCCCAUGGACACCGAGGCGCAGGAGGCGGGGGCCGGCGCCCACUACCGCUGCCCGCUGGCCCGCAGCCACGAGUACGCGCUGCCGCUGCCGCACGCGGAGCCCGAGUACGCGACGCCCAUCGUGGAGCGGCCCCGCGGGCGCCCCCUCCCGGCGCAGCCUGGCUACCGCGUGCCCGCGCCCCCGCGCCCGCCCGGAGCCGGCGAGGGCGCCGAGAACCAGGGCUACCAGAGCCCGCAGAGCCCGGCGCCCCCCGGCCCCGGCCCCGGCCCCGGCCCCGGCCCCGGCUACGACCUGCCCAGAGCGCCCUCACCCGCGGAGGCUGCAGUGCCCGACGGCCGGCACCCCCUGCACGACGCCUACUCAGCCCCCCGAGACUGCCUCAAGCCCCUCAGCCCCACGGCCGUGACCGCUCUCCUGUGA